AUGGCAGCUUACAGGUGCAGUUACUUGGCUGUGCUGUUUAUUCUUUGUGGUUUGUCAGUGUUUAUCGCCACAGAGGGUCAAGAAACGACACCAACGGGUGGUCACCGUGCCGCUGUGGUGGACAAUGGACAAACAGACACUGAAGCAGCGGAACAAACGGCCGAGCAGCCCGCGGUGGAGGAGAGGCGGUGGGAAGCGACCGUGGUUGAGGAUGUGACUCCGAAUGAAGCAGCAGCCGACAAACAAGACACUUCUGCCCCUGAAACUGUGCCCCUCUCAUCGGUGCCACGACCUAAAGACGAUUUUCAGGAGGAAUUGGUCAUCAGACCGCUGCACUCAGGAGAUGUUUACGCCAGCUUCCAGUUCCGCACCCUGUGGGAAACUGACUUCACGAGAGAAAACAAAGUGUCCCACUACCGGUUGUUCCCUAAGUCCCUGGGCCAGGUCAUCUCCAAGUUCUCAGUGCGAGAGCUGCACAUCUCCUUCACGCAGGGCUACUGGAGGACCAUGCAGUGGGGGCAGCCCUUUCUGCCGUCCCCUCCUGGGGCUGAACUCUGGGUGUGGUUCCAGGACUCUGUGACAGAUGUGGAUGGCACCUGGAAGGAGCUGACGAAUGUGUUGUCGGGGAUUUUCUGCGCUUCACUCAACUUCAUUGACUCCACCAACACUGUUCAGCCCAGUGCCUCCUUCAAACCACUGGGUGUAGGCAAUGUGACGGACCACCGCUUCCUUCGCUAUGCCACCCUCCCACGAGAGAUUGUUUGCACAGAGAAUCUGACACCCUGGAAGAAACUCUUACCAUGUGGAUCCAAGGCCGGUCUCGCUGUCCUGUUGAAGUCGGAGAAGCUCUUCCACAGUAGUUUUCAUUCCCAGGCAGUGCACAUCAGACCCGUGUGUGAGGAUGAGCAGUGCAAAACCACAUCCUGGGAGCUGCGACAGACGCUGAAUGUGGUGUUUGACCUGCACACCUCCGGACAGGGCAAAAGAGAGUGGUCCCUGUUCAAGAUGUUCUCUCGGACCCUGACAGAAUCUUGUCCGCUGGCCUCCUCCAGUAAAAUCUAUAUUGACAUCACGGACAACCCUCAGGGGGAUCAGAUUGAGCUGAGCCCGGCCACUCCCCUGCUGAGCCAGGCAGUGGUGCUGGGGGACAGGCGGACCUUCUCCGUCUACGAUCUGACACAACAAAUCACCUUUGGCACCGUGCGCUCCCUCAACCUGCUGAUCCGCUGGAAAUUCAGUGAGGGUGACAUGCUGCGGCCCCUGCUCCACGCUGAGCGCUACGUAGCCGGUUACGGGCUACAGACGGGAGAGAUUCACACUCUGAUGUACAACAACCACCCGUACAGGUCUUUCCCUGUGCUGCUGCUGGAUUCAGUACCCUGGUAUCUUCGUCUCUACAUCCACACCCUCACAGUCACCAGCAAGGGAAAGGACAACAAGCCCAGCUACAUCCACUACCAGCCGUCUAAGGACCGCGUGAGGCCCCACCUGCUGGAGAUGCUGGUCCAGCUUCCUCCCAAUUCCGUCACCGAGGUUACUGUGCAGUUUGAGAGGGCUCUGCUUAAAUGGACUGAAUACACCCCUGAUCCCAACCACGGCUUCUACGUCGGGUCUUCGGUUAUCAGCUCUCUUGUACCAAGUAUGGUCGCCAUGGAUACAAACAACACUAGGGAACGCCCGCUUUUCAGCAGCUUUUUUCCCUGUAAAGAGGAGUCCAGCUACUUUGUGCGUGUCUACACAGAACCUCUGCUGGUCAACCUGCCAACUCCAGACUUCAGCAUGCCGUAUAAUGUCAUCUGUCUGACCUGCACUGUGGUGGCUGUGGGCUACGGCUCCCUCUACAACCUACUGACCCGGAGCUUUCAGAUAGAGGAGCCCAGCCCAGGACUGGCCAAGCGGAUAGCCAACAUCAUCCGCAAAAUGAGGGGCGUGCCGCCACUCUGAGGCUGGACACUGAUGCCAACUGGCUCUGCUUUUAGAAAGGAAAUUUUCCUUUUGGCUGGUAAACAUGUGAUAUUCACGGAGUCCAACACUGGUAUGAAUGUUGACUUUACGAACAGUCAACUUGAAGGUUUUGUUUUCAAACGGAAGAGGAUGAAUAACUCUUUUGAACUUUAAUAUAUUCAGGAUCAUUUCCUGCUGGCUGAGGACAAAAAAAUGUGGACAUUUGUCUAUUUGGAGCUUUGUUAUUGUUUGACGAGAGAAGGAACCAAAGCUGUGGAGUAUGCAGCGGUGGUAACUGCAUCAGAGUGUUUUUUUUUUUUUUUUGGUUUGAUUGUUUUUGUUUUGUGGGUGUUUGAAACCAUAACUCCACUCCAUCAUAAUUUAGCCACACUGUCACUGAGGGAUUUUGUUACUGUAAGGAAACUUCGGUAAAAUUAUGUUUCUACAAAUGCACUAUGAAGCCUCUGAGUUCAGAUAGAAAAAAGACGUUCCUGACCUGUUUAUUCCCAUCUCCCUGCAAGGCAAGAUGAAAUGAAAUGACCCUUUAAGUCAGAGUGACUGAGUCAGAAUGUCACACUUUAUCAAGUCUCAGGUAUGACAGGACAUCAAAUGACUCUGAAAUACUGUGUUCCCCACUACCACGCACACUAAACACAACAUUAAGGUGGAACUAGGGAACAUGCAGAAGUAUUUCCUGUUCAUUUAAAGUUCCUGAUGUGUUUGUAUUAUCUGACAUGUGUUUGGUAGAACAUUUUUUUUCUAAGCUAGACAUGUCCCUGAGCAACCACAGUACUUGUCUGGAAGUACUUAUUCUAUAAAAAAGAAACAGCCCUCUUACCAACAUUUAUUUUGCACUCAUUAUUGGAUGCAUGCUUGAAUGUAUGUUAGAGACGAUUGUCUGCAGGUCCUGAAAAAUAAUUGCCUUUAGUUUGUAACUCCUUCCCUCAUCAGUUAAAUGCAGUUUCAUUGCGUCUUAUAGCUAGUAUAAGUUAUGCUUGUCUGCCUGAAAGUCUAUUCUGUUUCACUGGUGCUGAAGAAGUGUGCAGACUGUGAAUGUUUGAGGCGGGAGUGGUGUUUGUGUUUGUGUGUGUGUGUUGGUGUGUGGCAAAACCUAAACAUUCUUUAUUGCCUUUUCAAUAAACUGACAAACAUC